AAAGGAAUUAUAUAAAUAGUGGAAAUACAUGAAUUUGUUCUGAAUGGGCCAAGUUAUUGUUGGUGACAUUCAUCUCGUGCAUUGUCUUUAGAGACCCAAAAGCAGCGGUAGGGUUGGAAGGUAGGACCUUUGCGAUUCACUGUGCGUAAGCGGCUUCUCAUUGUCGACGGGAAUUCGCUGACAGAGCACCAGUUGUUUUCGCGUGCAGAUGUUGGCGACUGAAGUGGCUACCGGUUACAACUUUAAUUUGAAUGCUAAGGAAAAUUCGAUGACAGGUACUCUUAUCGCUAGUAUAAGCUGAAAUGUUUGGUAUGCGCUCGGACACCAAUCACUACAGAUAGACUCCACUAGACACCUCCACACCUCCAGCAAUGAUGGCUGUGCUCCGCUCUGGAGUGAGAGUGUUCAUCAUGCUCCUCAUUAGCAGGAUGUUAGAGAACUCGCUGCUCAGCGCUGAAGUGAAAGAGGGAGAGAUUCUGCCUCCCACCAUUCAGAAGCUGAUGAAAGGAUACAACAAGUACCUCAGGCCUUUUUUUGACAAUGGGCCAGUGACUGUGGGCAUGAGUUUGGACAUUGCCAGCAUUGACACCAUAUCAGAGAUCAACAUGGACUACACGGCCACUAUCUUCCUGCGUCAGCGCUGGACAGACGAGCGCCUGGUGUUUGAGGGUAACAAGAGCCUGAGUCUGGACGGCAGGCUGGUGGAGCUGCUCUGGGUACCAGACACCUUCAUCGUAGACUCCAAAAAGUCCUUCCUCCAUGACAUCACUGUGGAGAACAGGCUGAUCAGGAUCUUCCCCAAUGGAACGGUGCUCUACGCCCUGAGGAUAACCACCACUGUGGCCUGCAACAUGGACCUGACCAAGUACCCCAUGGACAAGCAGACCUGCACUCUGCAACUGGAGAGCUGGGGCUACAACAUCAAUGAUGUGAUGUUCUACUGGACCAGAGGGAAUGAGUCGGUCAGUGGCUUGGACACGCUGCGUCUGGCUCAGUACACAGUAGAGGACCACUACACAUCUGCGUCUGAGGCCAUCUAUGAAACAGGCCACUACCCAAAGCUGAUCUUCCACUUUGAGCUGAAGAGAAGCAUCCUGUACUUCAUCCUGGAGACGUACGUUCCCUCCAGCCUGCUGGUGGUCCUCUCCUGGGUCUCUUUCUGGAUCAGCCAGUCUUCCGUCCCCGCAAGGAUCUGUAUCGGAGUGACCACGGUUCUGACCAUGACCACGUUGAUGAUGGGUGCCAGGACGUCCCUGCCCAACGCCAACUGUUUCAUCAAAGCCAUCGACGUGUACCUGGGCAUCUGCUUCAGCUUCAUCUUCGGAGCCCUGAUUGAGUACGCCGUGGCCCACUUCUGCACCCUUAACCAUCCCGACGCCAACAUAGUCAUGUACGGUCACCAGAUGGGAGGCUUUGACGAGGAGAUGAACGGCAUGGUCACCACCAUCGCCGCUGAAAACAACCGGGCCAAGAGGCGUAAGGAGAAAGCUGCUGCAGAUGAGGCGGCCUUAGCGCCCACAGCUGAGCUGGAGCUUUACCCCUCCAGCCCCACUGGGAGUGAGCCCAAGCCUGAGGCCCCUGAGGAGCCCCCCAACCGCUGCCUCAUUGUCCUGGUCCUCCUCCGCAAGGUCCUGCGCAGAGCUGCAAACUGUUGCCAUGUGGAGAAUCCCCACUUAAUAGACAAUUACUCCAGGAUGACCUUCCCCCUGUCCUUUGUAUUCGUCAACCUCCUCUAUUGGACAUACUACCUGUACUUGUAAUCACAGGGGUGUGGGAGUGUGUUUGGGUAUGUUUCUGUCUGUGAUUCAUUCAUGUGGUUUUUUUCUCAAACAAUGCAUAUUUUUACAUUCAUGUCAUGAGUGAGGCAUAGUGUACAGUCAACAUCCUUAGGAGAAUAAAAUGUCCGUGCCACA